GUUUGACUCUUUGACUUCCAGUGAGAAAGACUUCAGCUCUGAGUUGGAGAAGGUUUCCAAAGUAGAUUAUCUUUGCUCCAGCUACAGUUAUGGAGAGUAACCCUUCCUUCAGCAGUCAGCUAGUUCUGUGCAAAGAUGUUGAGCUGGGAAAGGAGAAGGAGAGAAACGCCAGAUAUCGAAGUUACCAGUAUGGUGCCAUAAUUCUGAGUGUGCUGUUCCUUACAUUGGCGCUCUCUAUCUUUAGUUUGAGAUAUAUAUGGAGCCCAAGCAGUGGAAAGGUGUAUGAUCAUCACUACAAAGCUGUACUAGAUGGAAUGGAGACUGAGAGCAUGAUGGAAAUCCUUCCAGCCCAACGCAUUGAAAUCUUCAGGAUGGGAAACAGCACUGACGAGGUCCUGGAGGUGCACGACUUCAAAAAUGGAAUAAUGGGCAUCCAUUUUGCCAAGCACCAGAUAUGCUACAUCAGGACUCAAACCAAGGAGCUUCCCAAGCUGAUGGAAGUGGAUGCAAAGAAUGUGGACAUAAAGGUGGGUGAGACUGGCGAGAUAGAUAUGCAGGUGGUGGACUCACAGAUAUGGAUCCCUGCUGAGGAGCCCAUCUCCAACAGAACAUUCCUGCUCAAUUCCAUGAUCUCUGAGGUUUGCCAAGAGCUGCCCAUCCACUGGAUCCACCCUUCCCCUCUCAGAGAUGCUGAGUUCCAUGAUAUAGAGGAUGUGGAGGAGACCCCGGAGCUGGAGGUGAGAGGGCCACGUCAGGCCAGGGAUGUCAUGGACCAGUUACCAGUAAACGACUAUAGAGAAAUUGGUUUAGAACUGGACAACAGUCUAGAUGAGCAGGGCUACUGCUGCCAGUACUGCCGCCGUGGGUACCGUUACUGUCGGCGAUACCACGAGCCCCUGGGUGGCUUUUGGCCAUAUCCCUACUAUUACCAAGGAGGAAGGGUCAUCUGUCAGAUUGUCAUGCCCUGCAACUGGUGGAUAGCACGCAUGCUGGGACGGAUUUGAGGAAGAGGGGCGCAGUGCUGUAAGUGAAUGGUGCUAUGCUGCUCAGGGAUAUGCCUAUGGGUAUGCAAAACAUCUGAUCAUUAAGCAUAGUUCAGACUAGGUCAUUGUCAUAAUAAUUUUUCAUAGUUUAUAUAGUGGGGUUCAAAAGCAGUGUUGGACGUAAUCGGAUUACAAAGGUAUAAGUUAUUGUACUCUAAUUAUUAUUAUUUUAAUUUCAUUAAUUUCUUACAGUAAAUUACUUAAGUUACUUGAGUUACACAUUCCUAAAAUAGUAUAUACAUGCUGAAUUAAAAACAUGACGUUCAUUUGUAUGACUGUUUCUGUGACAGCUGUGUCACUGUAGGGAGAAACAAGGGUAUGACUUGCAUGCAUCAGUGAACAAGGAGGAAAUACAGUUUAGACAUUAUCUUAAAGGUGCACUCAGUAUUUUUCCCCAUUAAAAAAGUGUACUUCUAAAGAAAUGAAUUGUAUUUUGAAGCAUAAUGUAUGUAUAAAAUCAUGACCACUCACAUGAGACGAGGACUCUAGUAAUCUCCAUAACCUUAUUAAAGCUGUUUUAUUCUACAUGGGGGCUGCCAUUUUAGAAUCACAUGACCAGCUGAAUACUACUCGCUUUAUCUCAGUAAAAAUCUUGUUAGUGGUCACUUGCUUGGAUUAAAUUAAUCAAAUUGGAUUAAUUUGAUUGUGAGUAGUGAAUUUCUACAAUGGCAUCUAUAACUGAAAACUAUUGAUUUGGAAUGAUGCUGCAUCCACACCAAUUUCAAUGUAAGUACAAGAUGACACAAGCAAAAAGUAACUGAGUGCACCUUUUUUUUAUUUUUUACCCCCUUUUCUCCCAAUUUGGAAUGCCCAAUUCCCACUACUUAGUAGGUCCUCGUGGUGGCACAGUUACUCACCUCGCUUCGUGUGGUGGAGGACAAGUCUCAGUUGCCUCCACUUCUGAGACAGUCAAUCUGUGCAUCUUAUCACAUGGCUCGCUGUGCAUGACACCGCAGAGACUCACAGCACAGAAUCCUUGACCACGAGGAGGUUACCCCAUUUGACUGUACUCUACAAAAUUUUGCCAUUAAUUAAAAUAAUGUCAUUUAAUUUGUAUGAGGUAUGUUUUACGAAGCCAGAAUGUUCAGCUAUUAAACAAAAAUUGUGUUGUGUUUAUAUUUCUGUGAUUUGUUUAUUUGCUACGAAGUAAAAAAGCUGGUUGAACAUCCUCUAAGUGUGGUGAUUCCAUAAUUUUUGCCAGGGGUUGUACUUCUGUUUUGCAUUUAGGUGUUGUAUGGUCAUUGUCACAAAUUUGCUUAUUUGAUUAGUUACCAAAAAGUAGUGCAGAUUCUUAAAUAUUUGCUUUAUAUCCUAUUUUUCAAAAUUCUAAAACCUCCUGUUUAAAAUGUUUUUAUUUUCCAUGUGGACUUUUGAACCCCACUAUCUAUAUGUGUAUAUAUUUUUCAUUACUCUGAUUUAUCUUUUUGAAUGAACAGAUUAAGAAAACAGUAUGUGUCCUUGAUUACAUUUAGAACAGAAAUGGUUAUUGCAAGUUAUUAUUGUCUGUAAAUUCUAUUCAGACUUUUCAAAACAUUGGAAAACAUGUAGGUAGAGACAUUAUCACACAAUAAAUCGUGUUUAAUAAAUAGUUUUAAUUUGAUUUUGUAUGUGUGUGAGUAAAGCUGUAGUUUUGCAUGUCAUUACGCUUUGUGAAAGUCCUUAGUUUAGUCUUCUUUAAAUCUCUAUUGGAUGAGAGACUGUGUGAGGUUUUGUUAUUUGCAUGUUUUUAUAUUAUGAAAUAGUGUAUUUAUACAGCUCAAUAUCACAUCAAAUAUUUAAGCACUUUGAGCUGUAUUUUAUAUAUGAAAUGUACUUUAUGCAUUUUAUGUAUGACAGGUGCUAUACAAAUAAAAUGUGUUAUUAGUAUCAAAGUAAGCAGUUGAUGCCAACAAGCUCUGUAUUGGUAAAGCAAACCAAAAUCUGUAUAAAUCUGUAGAAUUUUGGAAAUUAGCCUCUUAAGUCAAUAAGUGAAUUUAAUGCAGUUCAGAAAUGCACUGUACACAAAUCACAUUGAUAUAUACAUGUAGUAACAUUGCUAGCAAAAUAAUUGCUGGUCUGGGAAUUCUUGCAUCUAACCUAAUGCUUGUUCUUUGAAUUCCACUUACAUAGUGUAAUGGAUUUUUUUGUUUAUGUUGUUUUUCCAACAAUUUACUCUUGAAUAAAAAUUGGU